CCAUUUUCACUAUACUGUCAUCUCCAAAACAUACCUGAAGAUACAUACAUACACCACUAUUUCAUCACUCAUACUCAAAAAUACACAAAAACCCAAUUUUAUAUUAUCCAACUCUAGAUAUGGAAGCUGCAUCGCCCAAGUACACUGGUGUACGGAAGAGGAAGUGGGGUAAAUGGGUUGCUGAGAUACGUCUCCCCAACAGCCGUGAGAGGAUCUGGCUCGGCUCUUUUGAAUCAGCUGAGAAAGCGGCGCGUGCUUUCGACGCGGCUCUUUACUGUCUCCGUGGCCCUGGGGCACGUUUUAACUUCCCAGAUAAUCCCCCGGUGAUUCCCGGCGGUCGUUCUCUUACGCCGCAGCAGAUUCAGGUCGUGGCGAGCCGUUUCGCCUGCGAGGAGGAGGAGGAUCAGCUAGUACCACCGCAACCGUCUCCGCCACGUGGCGACCAUAAGACGGAGGAGGAGGAGGAGGAGGAAGAGAUAAUUUCAGCACGUGGGGAAAUGAGUGGUGGGAGUGGUGGGCCUAUGUUAGGGCAAGUUGAGCAAGGUAAUAACAACAACAACGAGGGUACUACUAAUAGUAGUAACGACACGUCGUCGUAUUGGCCUUUUAUAUGGGAGGACGAGAAUCUUGUAGGUGGUCCUCAAACCUCGGGGGAGUUCGGUUUUUUCACGGAUGAUGAUUCAACCAAUUUGUAUUUUCCAACACAAUCGUCUGAUUUUUACUAUGAUGAAGCUUGUGAAGAUGAUUUCUCUCAUUACAGUAUUAACCUUUGGAAUUUCUGAGAUCCAAUUUUUUUCGUGAUCUUGGAACAUAUAUUCCUAUAUAUUGAUUUUUAUUCAAUUUAUGGAUUUAUUUCAA